CCUUACUCCGCAUGAAUCAUUCAAUAAAUUCCUCGGCUCGGGCGCCGACUUAAUUCCCACUCCGAGAGCUUUCAACGUCAUCCCGCUUGCUCUGUGCAUCGUGUCUCCCUACCCCACUUCAACAAUUGAAGCUUUUCUCUAAGAAAAAUCCUAAUUCGUGGCAACCUCCAUGGCAACUACCGUCCCCGCUGUUUUGAAGUCUGCGGACCUUGGGCGCUUCACUGUUAGAGCAGCUCAGCUUGAACGUGUAAAGCCCGUGGUUUCCUAUUGGUGUAACUUUUGGAUCGUCAAUCAGAUAAUUGAGAGAGGUCUACACACUUCGGACGAUGAGGUGAAGUUAUACACUACCGAACUUGUCGAUAAGCUGGAAAAGUUCAAAAAUGAAAAUCCCGAUAAUGAGACGGUGACGGAUGCCGUGGCUGCGAAUGCCUAUGUGGAGCAAUUCGGCUUGGAGGUCUUCGGACGUGCAGAGGCAACCAUGAGAGCAAACAAAGUGACUAAGCAAACUGCUGACACGUUUCAAGCAGCCGCCACCUUUCUCGAACUUUGCCAGAUAUGGAAUACCCUUGAACCGGAGACUGCUGCAAAAAUCAAGUUCGCCAAGUACCAUGCGGUGAGGAUUGCGAAGGCAAUUCGAGCCGGAGAAGAUCCGAACGAGUCGAACCCAGUUAUGAAAGAGGAGAAUGAUCUAGAAGGGGAUAACUUGGAUGUGAAGGACGACGAUCCUGAAGUACAGGCAAUUGUUGGAUCAUCACUCGCACGACCGAGGAAGCCGUCUGUAGAGGACAUUCCUGAUGAGUCUACGCAUCCUUCAAGAUCUCCUAUGUUACCAGAGCCUCCAACUGGGUUCACUGAAGUGCCGACUGCAGCGCCUGACGCCGCACAUAGUCCGGCUCACGAUAUGGAUGUUGACGCGGAGCAAAAUGCGCCGCUGAACCUCCCCUCAGCACCUGCAACACUCACAUCAUCUUCAACCUCAGUUCCACAUCUUCCAGAUACGCCUACAUGUGUUGGUGGACAUCAACGUUCCGGGGCUUCAGACGCCUUUCAAUCUUUUCCUCCGCCAUCGACGAUGCCUUCUUCGAGCCCAUCAGCCGCCCCUCAUGAUCCAAGUUCUUUCUACAGUCAACCCAGUGCCACAUCUCCCAAACCUGCGCGACCUCCACCGGUGACUGCUCCCGUUGUGCCACGCCCAGUACCCCAGCCCGUCUAUACACCCACACCUAUAGCGUCUGCAAGCUCCACCUCUAACUAUACCAAUUCACAGGCAGUUGACGAUCAUUCUAUUGUGCUCGCUCAAAAGCACGCCCGCUGGGCUGUAUCUGCGUUGACUUUUGAUGAUGUCAACACAGCUAUCAAGGAACUAAAGAAUUCCUUGAAAUGUCUUGGAGCGGAGUAAUGGUAGAACACGAAUGCUACACUCUGGCUGGUCACUUGUCCUACUAUGAUUCUAAUAUCAAAGUAUAUGAACGACUUUCCGUUCGUACUUUAGAAGUCGGAGUGUCA